ACGUCUUCGCUGUCAAUUGUAGUGUGAAGACUGGCCGAGCGAGAAAAUCUCUUCAAUUGGAAAUUUUGGAUUUAUUCCUUUGCCCUUAGAAAUUAAUAAAUAUAUUCUAAAGAUGGCAUGUAACGCAAACAAAGCACCUUUCUUACGUACAAUUGCUAAGCGCGGUUUGGCUAGUCAGUGUCCACGUCCAUUAGGCCAAGCUGCUGAAGUGAAAUCCACAGUGUUGAACAACAAAUUGGUGGUCGCCACCGCCGAAGCCUCCCUGCCAGUUUCGCGUGUAUCCAUAAUUUUCCGCGCUGGUUCCCGUAAUGAAAGCUAUGAAAACCAAGGCGCUGCCCACUUGCUACGUAUCGCUGCUGGUUUGUCUACCAAGAACUCCACCAGCUUUGCCAUUGCCCGCAAUAUCCAACAAGUUGGUGGCACUUUGAGCGCAAGCAACGAUCGUGAACUAGUUACAUACACAGUUGAAACCACUUCCAACCAAAUCGAAACUGGUCUACGCUUUUUGCAGGAUCUUGCUCAGCCAGCAUUCAAACCUUGGGAGUUAACUGACAGUGUACCACUGCUGCGCAAUCAAGUAGCUGGUGUACCACCACAGGUUCGCGCUGUAGAAUUGCUGCAUCGGGCUGCUUUCCGCACUGGUCUUGGAAAUUCGAUUUACAUCCCUAAACAUCAAAUUGGAAAAUUGUCUAGCGAAUCAUUAUUGCAUUAUGCUGCUGGCACUUUAAUCCCUAGUCGUUGCGCUGUUGUUGGUGUUGGCAUUGACCACAACACGUUGUCUGGUUUCGCCCAAAAUUUGGAAUUGUCUUCAGGUUCGGGAAAAUCUGACUCGGCUUCGUACUACGGUGGUGAUGCGCGUAAGGAUACAGCUGGUGUGAUUUCACAUGUUGCUGUUGCUGGUCAAGGUGGUUCGUUAGUUAACCAGAAAGAGGCUUUAGCUUUUGCUGUUUUGAAGCACGCUGUAGGCGCUGGUGCGGCUACAAAACGUGGCAACAUCAAUGGUUCUUUCGGCAAGGCCUUGCAAGGCGCUGUAACCGAUGCAUCCGUUUCGUUAACAACGCUUAAUGCUGCAUAUGCUGAUACUGGUCUUUUCGGCUUUUUGGUUUCUACUGAUGUACAACAUAUUGGCAAGGCCGUCGAAGCCUUAACACGCGCUUUGAAAUCUGGCUCAGUAUCCUCAAAUGAUGUUAAUCGUGGCAAGGCUUUACUGAAAGCUGCUUUGUUGGAGAGCUACUCUACAGACAGCUCUUUGAUCAAUGAGAUUGGCGUACAAGCUGUACAAACCAAACAGGUACAAAGUAUUGACGCUUUGUUGGCUGCUGUCGAUGGUGUCACUCAACAGGAUGUGCAAGAGGCUGCCAAGAAAGCAGGUUCAUCAAAGCUGUCUGUUGGUGCUGUAGGUAACCUCGCUAACGUACCAUAUGCGUCAGAUUUAGCUUAAUUGUAUAAACCGAAAUAUUGACAUAACAUUAAAAUUACCAAAAUGAAAAUCCGAAACUGUACGUUUUAAUUAUAAAAUUAAAUUAUAUAAUUGAUGAAGAGUUAGAUACUAUAAUGUGCUUUAAUUUGAAUGUAUUAGCUGGAUUGUUAAAGUGAAAGAAAUUAAAAAAUAGAGGGACUAACAGAAACUUA